CAUCUUUUAUCAUAAUAACAAUGAACAAACCCACUGGCACAUCUAAAACCCCCUAGGAGGGGGCAUCUUCCAGUGAUUUUACAUUAAAUCAUCUAUGAAUAUACACAUUUUAACUUGGAAAUACACCUUGUCCAGUUUUGACUAAGAAGUAAAACUAAACAGAAAUCUUUCCUUUGCUCCAAGCCUUAAUUUCAAGGAGAGAAGAUUUCAAUUUACCGCUAUUUGAUCAAUAUAUAUUCCUCUCUAAGCAAUGAUUAGUCCAGAAAUAAAGACUCGCUGACUGAUCUCACAAGCUAUAUUUAAAACAAAGUUCUGAACAUUCUGAAAUACAAGAGUCACUCUGUAAUUUCAGAGCAGUUGUAAUAUCUUAUCUCCCUGUAACAGGCUGCCAGAAAUUCUCCUGCCUAAUGCCCAUCACCAUUUGUUCUAAAGAUAUCAACUUUCUGGCUGUAGCAGGUAAGUCAGGACAUUUGGGCUUUGAUUCAUAUCUCUUUGAUUCACACACCUCUGACAUUUCCAUUUUGGAGGCAAUAUAAUGAUUAUAAAUUUUUAUUAAGAGGUUCCCAGUAAUGCAUGGAAUUAGCUGCUGUAUUUUAUCUAGAAUAAAAAACGAGGAUGUCAACACCAUUCACAUAAAUAUCCAGUUUUGAGCAUGAAGGAUUUCAGCAUUUUUCCUUCAACAUGCCAAGUUAGCCGAGAGGAUCAGAACAUGUUUUCUUUGUAAAGAGAAUGAAAUUCCAUAUUGUGUUACUGGCACCCCUGGGAAUCAGCUGCAGAGAUUAAAGAUACCCGGACAUGGAUCCAAGACAACCAAGGCUCCAAAGAAACAAUUAUGUUCAACAGUGCAAUCUGUUGCAAGUGAUCCUUUUAGUUACAUGUUUUUAAUUAAUAUAAAUGGUACAAGUAAAAGAAAUCUUUCAAAAAAUCAGUAUCAAAAUAGCUUUUUGUUUGUUUGUUUAAGUUCUGCAAUCUGCUUGGAUUCCUAAAGCUUUUCAAAAAAUAUUUGGGACUAUAGGAUGGAAUCCAGAACAUUUAAAAAAUAUCACUCUGAAAUUACAUAUAUCAAUACCUUUUUUUAAAAUUUAUUUUCCAUUUUGGUAGGAAUGACUGUGUUAAUGUUUGAUCAUAGUGUAAACUAGUGCUUCUUGGUCAGCAUGCCUGUCAGAAUAUAAUCAAAUCCAGUGUGUACAGAUAACGUCAUCGUUCAUGGACAAAGCGUGAGAUAUGAUUUUAUUUAUACCACAGCUAAGGCUAAAAGACAUAGCUUAAUUUAAAGACACCUCAGGCAUUAAUAAACCAAUUAUCCAUGAUCUUUGUAAGACCUACAUUUCAAAUCUGGUCUCUCCUGUUAUUUUAUGAUGAUUAAUAUCAUAUUUUUAAUGCACGCAUGUACUACAUUUUGUCAAGAAGGAUUACAGGUGGACAAAUAGCAGCUUGUGCCAGUGAUUGUCAGAAAACUAAUGAAUAUUAUUACAAAUUAUGAAUCACUACAUUGAUUAUUCGCAGACAGAAGCAUCAUUCCUUGUCAACAAUAACAUGGAUACAACACCGUCAACUGCAGGCCCAUCAACUCAAAUGAUUUAUACUUGAUGGUCAAGUGUAAAUAUCACACUACCCGGCUGACAAAUUGUCUCAUGAGAAACUGCUGCAGCCACUUUCUGCAGCACUUCCCAGGUCGGCCCCGAGAACACGAGUGCGGGUGUUUAAUAACGUCCCGUUAUCAAACCGUCCCACAGUCAGUACCGAGCCCAGCGCAGCAGCACUGCCGUGCCGCCAUGGCCGAGCAGGCCCUUCUCCCCGACACACCCCUCAGCCCGGGGCUCCCGUUCCCACCGCCCUCCCGCGCCUCCCUCCGGCAGCCCCGCCACAGCCUCGGCUACGGAGCGCGAAUUCCCCAGCACCGGCUCGCAGGCGGCGGGGCUGAAGCAGACGAGGGAAGCCGCUCCCGCACCCGAGAGCCCAGGCCACGCCAGGAAUCGCGGGAGUGGAACCCCGGGCCCGGCGCCGCUGAGAGACGAACAUCCCCUUCCGCCAGGGGGCGGGCGGCGCCCGGUGAGGUCACGGACUCGGGCCCGCCCCCCGCAUUCCAGCGUGCCCGGGCGCUGAGGUAAACACGGGCGCGGCCCCGCCCCGGCCCGGCCUCCGCCAGCAGCUUCCAGAAGGGCCUGGGCGCUCGGCCGCGCGCGCCCGCGGAGGGGCCGGGCCGGGGGGCGGCGGCGGGGCCGCGCGGCGCUGGUGGCGCAGUCGGAAUUGCCGCCGCGGGGCCCGGCCGGCAGCGGCGCGCAGGGGCGGCGCGGCGCGGGGCGGGGCGGCGGGGGUGAUGCCCUUGUUUAUUUUUACCCGGGCGGCUCAUCCCCUCCGGCAGCCCCAGCGCGGCCCCCGCCGCCGCUCCCCGCCCCGGCCCCGACGGCGCCGCCUAUAAAGCGCCGCCCGCGGGGAGUCGAGGAUGCAGCUCUACAGCUCCGUGAUCACCCACUACCCGGCGGGCGGGACGGCCGCAACAGCCGCCGCAGCGCCGCCGAGCGCGGCCGGUGUCUUCAAGGUCUCCCUGUCGCCGGGACCCUCCUCCGCGGAGGCAGCGAGCGCCGCCGACGCCGCGGGCCCGAGCCCUAACGCUGAGCGCCCCGCCAAGGACAGCUUCGUUCCCGGAGGGGGAAGCAGCAGCAGCGCCGCCGCCAUGCCCGCCUUCUCCUCCUGCCUGGAGGUGAUGCCGAGCGGCCCCGCGGCGGGGCCCGGCAGCCGGCCGGCGGGCGGCCCGCAGUACAGCUCCUGCGCGCAGGUCACCGUGAGCCGCCGCCGGCCGCUGGAGCGGGUCGUGCCCAUCCGCAUCGUGCAGCGAACCGAGGCCCCCGGCGAGCUGGUGCCGGCCUCGCCCCGCAGCCGCGCCUGGCUGGAGGGCAUCCUGGAGAGCAUGCGGCAGGCCGGGGGGGACGGCGAGGGCGCCGCUCUGCCGACGCCCCCCGAGGAGCCCAGCAACCGCAGCCUGCGCCUCAGCGAGCACUGCCAGGCGCUGCAGGCGGCGGCCGCCGGCGCCCAGCCCGCGCUGGUCCCCGGCUGUCGCCCCGCGGAUGGGAGCCAGGCUCAGCCCGGCGUCGGGCCCUCGCCCGGGGAGGAGGAGGAGGAGGACGGAGCCGGCCCCGAUGCGCGCAGGGGGCCGGGUGGCAGGCCGGAGCGCAGCGAGAAGCUGGCGCUGUACCUGGCCGAGGUGGAGAAGCAGGACAAGUACCUGCGGCAGAAGGGCCGGUUCCGCUUCCACAUCAUCCCCGACGGGAACUGCCUCUACCGCGCCGUCUGCAAGGCGGUAUACGGGGACCAGCGGCUGCACAGCGAGCUCCGUGAGCAGACCGUGCACUACAUCGCUGACCACUUGGACCACUUCAACCCCAUCAUCGAGGGCGACGUGGGCGAGUUCCUCAUCGGCGCUGCCCAGGACGGGGCCUGGGCUGGCUACCCUGAGCUGCUGGCCAUGGGGCAAAUGCUGAACGUGAACAUCCACCUCACCACGGGCGGCCGGCCCGAGAGCCCCACCGUUUCCACCAUGGUUCACUACCUGGGGCCCGAGGACCCGACACGGCCCAGUAUCUGGCUGAGCUGGCUUAGCAAUGGGCACUACGAUGCUGUGCUGGACCGUGUGUGCCCCAACCCAGAGUACGAGGCGUGGUGCAGACAGACUCAGGUACAGCGCAGACGGGAUGAGGAGCUGGCCAAGUCCAUGGCAGUGUCCUUGUCCAAGAUGUACAUUGAGCAGAAUGCUUGCUCUUGAGACCACCUGGGCUGCGGGCUGGGAGCUUUGCUGCAGGGACAGAGACAGACAGGAGGUGUGCUGGCUGUGAUGGUGAUGCCUUAAACCUUAAUGAAGCAGCAGCACCCCAGAUGGACAAGGACUGUAGAUUGUGGGGGAUAAAUACAAACAUGUUUGUAAUAUUCUGUUGUAAAAACUUAGCCUCAGAUUACUUGCAGGCAGAUUCUUCGUGUGUGUUUGUGUCUUCCAUCUCCACUGUCUCUAUUUUCUAUAAGAAUGUAUUUUUUGCACAAUAUUUUUAAACUGUUACCUCCAUCCUCUACAUCUUACAUUAGUAUCUGGCUUUCAGCUGUACAGCCAAAAACGUUUGUAAUCAGUUUUUGUAAAUAAGGCUUAUGAUGUAACAGCUAUUUUUUGCUGUGUUUUUUACCCAUAAACCUUAUAUUUUUACCAGAUGAAGUUGAUGUCAAACUGACCCUCUCUAGUUGACAGAAGCAGUGUGGGUACCUUUUUGCAAAACUAAAACAAUGGUUUUUGUGAAAGUGCAGCAAAGUAUGAACUGACUGCUUUUCAAAACAGUUGCUUUCUCUGCCUGGAGCACAGAACAGGUCCUUUGAGCCAGUUGGAAUGCAGCUAGAGAUGAAGAGUACAGGGAGCAAUUGACUCUUCUGUAUUUAAUUAUUGUUUUGAGUAAACUGGCCUCUUGUUGCCUUGUUGGCUCACCCUCUGCUCCAUUUAUAUUAUUUAUCUGUAAUAACAGAAUAUUAACUUGCAAUAGAAUGUUGUGACUAGAUAAUAGUCUCCUGCUUUGGCAAUAAUUGCCUUGGCUGCACCUCGGUGUUUGUGUUCUGGUUUCUGGGGUUAUGGUGUUUUUUGUGUAAGCCCUGCUGCUUUUUUUUGGCACUGUUGUUGCACCAACAAAACAUUAUCUGAUCACAACGUUUUAUUCACUUGACAUUUGCUAAUCAAGAAAUCAGGAAUGGCGUUUUACACUAUGGUUUAAAAGAAAAAGUAUUUAAACUGAGAUUUGUAUGGUUUGCUGGGUCAAACAUUUAAAUGUUUCCAAUCUAAGUUCUGUCUCUUCUACUUUCUGAUUAACCUGUUAGAUAUAUUUAUUAAGUAAUGCAGUUUGUACUUUUUUAUUUUGUAAUAUAUUGUGAUUUUGAGAUUUAUACUGUAUUUGUAUAAUAGGAAUAUUCACAGCUAAAAUUGAAUGAAUAAAGAAUAUAAUUUUA